AUGAAGUUAGUAUACUGGUUAUUUUUAUCUUUAGCUUUUGCCCAUGGUGAUAUGGAAGAUAUGCCCAUGGCCAAUAGCGAUAACCAUGACUCACAUAAUGAUAUUUCCGAUGGCAGUAAUGAGAUGAGUACAACUGGUAACCUGGUGGAUAGCAGUAAUAUGGAAUCAAUGGCCUCAAUGGUUCCAAUACCUCAUGUUAUGAAACAUAUGCAUGGAAUGCCCAUCUUACAAACGGAAUUAUUACCUCAGGAAAGACUAUUUUGGGAAAAUUAUAAUGCUACUAACUAUAUAAACUAUCCUAACAAUAAUAAAACUGCCAUGAGUUUAUAUUUUGUAUUCAUGACAAUCAGUUUUAUAUUCAUUAACCCAAUAUUAAUGGUAAUCAACAAUUUAAAUCCCCAAUCAAUAAAUUAUCUUAUUGGUUUGGUGAUAAAUAGUGGGAUUGCCCUCUUUGGAUUAUUCAAUUAUUCAAUUUUUAUACAUUCCAUACCUGAUUUAUACCCAGGGAAUGUUUUCAAUAAAUUUAAUUGGAUCUAUGCUGUCACUGUCAUAGGACAAUUGAUUUUCACCGUAUUGAAGAUUGGUUAUUUGAGACAAUCUCAAUAUAAAUCAAUUGAUCAAAUUGAUAGUCCGGCUAUAACCUUAUAUGAUUUAUCACGUAAUCAAAGUCCAAAUUCUUUUGAUUUAAAUGAUGAUGAAACUCAUAUAGAUAAUUCUGAUAAUGAUCAUGAUGAAAGAUUUACUAAUGAUUUAUCAAAUCAUUUAAAUUUCGUUAAAGGGAAAUUUAACGUUAACAAAAUCUUUGAUAAUUCUCUUAUUAGUAGAAUUAUUGAUUCCGUGGGUAAGAUUUCAGUGAUUGUAUUUAAUAUUUUAAACUGGUUUAAUUUCUUAUUUAUUUUUGUAUAUAUCCCUACAGGUAUUGCAACAUUUGGAUUAUUUGGUCAAGGUAAGACUGUAUUUAAUUUAUUAGCACAUUUCAUUAAAGGGGGGAUUUUCUUCUUCCUUGGAGUCAUUUCAUUAGCAAGAUAUUGUGGAGCUUUCCAAAAUAAAGGAUGGGCUUGGAAUUAUAAAUUUAUAACAUCAGAAAGUUUUGGUUGGUGGAGUAAAAUUCAACCAAAAGGUUUAAUUACCAUGGAAUUCAUUGAAAGUUUCUUAAUCUUUUUUUAUGGUAUAACCAAUGUUUUCAUGGAACAUUUAGCUAAUCCAGGAGGUAAAUGGUCUGCUAAAGAUUUAGAACACGCAUCAAUUGCAUUCAUUUAUAUUGGAGCAGGAUUCAGUGGAUUAUUAGUUGAACAUAAAUUGAAUGACUGGAGAUUUGAUUACAGUAAGAACAUCGAUGAUAAAUCAAUCAUCAAAUCAUCUCCAGGAUUUUCACCAAACCCUUUCCCAAUUUUGACUAUCUUUUGGACAGGGAUUUUAAUGUCUCAACAUCAACAAGCAUCAGAAUUAUCAACUAAAAUUCAUAGUCAAUGGGGUACUAUGUUCGUUUAUGGUACAGCUUUCAGAUUCUUAACCUACAUUUUAAAUUUAAUCUUAUCAAAACCCCCAUCUUUAGAUAUGAUGAUAAGGCCAAGUCAACCUAUAACUGAACUUUUGGUAUCUUUCUGUUUAAUUUCCGGUGGAAUGAUCUUUAUGGAAAGUUGUGAUCCAAUAGUUCUUGCUUUAGAGUAUAAAGGUUAUGAUGCAAUGUUUACCUUAAAUAUAGCUUUAGGUGUAACCUGUUUAUUAAUGGCUUGGAUAAUGGUAGUUUUCCAAUUCAAAAAUUUUAUCAAGAAUAAGUAUUAUUAA